AGCGACGUUUGCGUUCUAUCCCACCUUGCCGGGCGCUUCCAUCCUUUCGCGCCAGAGACUCAUACCACGUGAGUGGGGACAGCAAAUCAGCUCGGGCCUUCCUUCCUUUAUCUUCAUCGAGCUGCGCAGUGAGACCGCAAGUCGCCAGACGGACUCCGAUUUUACCCCUGGGGAUCAAUUCAUUUGAGUGUUGCAACAUUUAAGACAAUAAUGCGUCCAAUGCGCAUCUUCUUGAACGAUGACCGCCAUGUCAUGGCAAAGCACUCCGUGGUGUAUCCGACUCAAGAGGAACUUGAGGCUGUCCAGAACAUGGUUUCACACACAGAAAGGGCCUUAAAAGCUGUGUCUGACUGGAUUGACCAGCAAGAGAAGGUUCAGACGGGAGAAACCCCAGUACAGCCAGAAAUUGAAACGCCAGAAGAGACCAUAGACGAGGCAAAGGAUGGUGAAGCUAAGGCUGGAGCCAACUCCACCAGGACACUUCGCGGUGUGAUGAGGGUUGGCCUUGUUGCUAAGGGACUUCUCUUGAAAGGGGAUUUGGAUCUUGAACUAGUUCUUCUGUGCAAAGAUAAGCCCACAAUCUCCCUUCUGAAGAAGGUGUCUGAUAACCUUAUUGUACAGUUUGCGACUGUGUCUGAGGAGAAAUAUGAAGUCCUGCCUAAUAUCAGGGAGGCUACUAUUUUAAUCAAGAACACAAAGGAGCCACAGCUCACACUUAACAUCCGUCUGACCUCCACUCUGGUUCGGGAAGAGGUUGAAAAGAUGACUGCAGGAGGUACGGAAGAAACGCUAUCAGUCAGCGAUCCACCGGACGUUCUGGACAGGCACAAAUGCCUUGCUGCAUUGGCGUCGCUCCGACACGCCAAGUGGUUCCAGGCUAGGGCUAAUGGUCUGAAGUCAUGUGUUAUUGUCAUCCGUGUCUUGCGUGAUCUUUGCACUCGUGUACCUACAUGGGAACCAUUAAGAGGAUGGCCUCUUGAGUUGCUUUGCGAGAAAGCCAUUGGAACAGCGAACAGGCCCAUGGGAGCUGGUGAAGCUUUCAGAAGAGUCCUUGAAUGCCUUAGCUCUGGAAUACUGAUGCCAGAUGGUCCUGGCUUGUAUGAUCCAUGUGAAAAAGAAGCCACUGAUGCCCUUGGUCACCUUGAAAGACAGCAGCGUGAAGAUAUUACCCACAGUGCACAGCAUGCUCUCAGAUUGGCAGCAUUUGGCCAGCUUCAUAAAGUAUUGGGCAUGGAUCCCCUGCCCACGAAGCUGCCAAAGAAGACCAAACCUGACCCACCCAUUGAUUACACAGUCCAAAUUCCACCUAGCACCACCUAUGUUAUGCCAGCCCUGAAACGACCCAUUGAGGAGGAUGGAGAAGACAAAUCGCCAAGUAAGAAGAAAAAGAAGAUUCAGAAGAAAGAUGACAAGUCGGAACCCCCUCAAGCUAUGAAUGCCCUGAUGAAAUUGAACCAGCUGAAGCCAGGCCUCCAAUACAAACUGGUAUCCCAGACUGGACCUGUCCAUGCUCCCAUAUUUACAAUGGCUGUGGAAGUGGAUGAUAAGGCAUUUGAAGCCUCUGGACCCUCAAAGAAGACUGCUAAGCUUCAUGUUGCUGUCAAGGUCUUGCAAGAUAUGGGCAUUUCUACCGGAGUGGAAGAGAAGGAAGAGGUUGCUGAGGAAGUGGAACCAAAGCCUGUGGUACAGACUCCAUCAUCUCAGCCAGAAGCUGCACAGGCUGAUUCUGCCAGUGGAGACCAGUCAGAUAGUGCCAAGCAGCAAGGACCUAUUCUCACAAAGCAUGGAAAGAACCCAGUUAUGGAGCUGAAUGAAAAGAGGCGAGGACUGAAAUACGAGCUUAUAUCUGAAACCGGUGGCAGUCAUGAUAAAAGAUUUGUAAUGGAGGUUGAAGUGGACAAUCAAAAAUUUCAAGGUACUGGCUCUAACAAGAAGGUUGCCAAGGCCCAUGCUGCUCUUGCUGCCUUAGAAAAACUCUUUCCCGACUACAACCUGUACACUGAAGUCCCCAAGAAGAGGCCACCAAUGAUGUCCAGGGGUGGUCCCAGAGGUGGAAAAUCCGGCUAUAACCAUAACCAAGGCUUUGGAAUGAUGUACAAUGAAGCUCCCCCACCACAACCCAUGCGUGGACGAGGCAGAGGAGGAAUGAACCGUGGUAGAGGACGAGGUCGUGGCUUUGGUGGCAACCAAGGUUACAUGAACUCAGGAGGUGGCUAUGGAGGAGGCGGCUAUGGUGGAAACUACAAUUACCAGACUUCAGCAACAGCUGGAUACAGUCAAUUUUACAGCAAUGGCGGUGGAUCUGGCAAUUCAGGCGGAGGCUCUGGCUCUGGAUCAGGCUCAGGGGGCUAUGGCUCUGGCGGCUAUGGUUCUGGUGGUGGUGGUGGUGGCGGCGGCAGCGGUGGCUACAGCAAUUACUAUCAAGAAAGCUAUACUGCACCAACUCCCCCUAAACCAUUUGUUAAGAAGCCACCCCAACAGCAGCAACCACCACAGCAACAGCAGGCCCCAGCCCAACAACAUUCGCAACAGUCCAAGCCUUCCUACAACCAGGGCUACCAGUCGCACCAAUCUCAGCAACAGCAGAGCUACAACCAAAACCAGUACAGUAACUACACACCACCACAGAAGCAGAAGGGAGGCUAUAACCAGGGAAAUCAAGGGGGCGGCAGUGGCUCUUAUUCUUCUUACUCCAACGCAUACAACAGUGGGGCUUCGUCAGGUGAGGCUGGAGUAGACAACAGUGGGGCUUCGUCAGGAUAUAACGCUGGCGAGGGAUCAGGUGGGCGAGGUGGCAGUUCAUACACACCUGCUAACACUGGCUACAGCUCUGGCACAAACGCAAACUAUGGUGGGGGUGGUGCCAACAAUACCUCAUACCAAGGAUACUCGCAAACAGGCUACAAUCAAGGUCCUGCACAAAACUACAAUCAAACUCCUCCCUCUUACCAGGCAGCUCAAGGAGGAGCCAGCAAUUAUGGCAGAACUGCAGAUCACAGCAUGAAUUACCAGUACAGAUAGACUUUGUGCCCAAAAUUCCCCUUCAGUCUCCCCUCUCGUCCCCCCCCCCCCCUCCCUGUUCCAAGAGGGGCCCCAAACUUUGUUUCCACUUGAUGGUUUUACAGCAGCUAUGGGUAAAGGUCGUUUGCCUUUCACCCCCCUCUGACAUUGCAGUGCUUUUAGGUCAUAACAUUACCCCUCCCCCCACGUGUGAAAAAAGUUUCAUAUUGGGUCCCAGUGUUGUAUCUGUAUCACUCUUUGCUAUAGCAGAAGGCCUGUUGUGCAUAUUUUUAUUUUUUCCAUGAAGACUUAUAAUUUUUUUUUAACUUCAGUUCUGUCAAUUAAGUUCACUAGAAACUGGUGGUGUCACUUCUGUAUUUGGGUCUUGUCAUGACUUACAGCAUUGUAGUGUAAAGGUUUUGUCACAGAUGUAACGGUCACGUACAAAUCACUCUGCUUGUUGUGGUGCAGUGAAAUGUUCUGAUAAAACUUUGGUCCUGUGUUAAUCUGCAAACGGUGGGCCUUAAUUAUCAAAGUAUCUGAGCGAUGACCUGGGUUUGGCCCAUAAAACAUAUUCUCACUUUUUGUUUUCCCAGUGCAUCUUGGAUGCAUGCAAGGGGAAGAUUUACAACAGUUUUUCCUUUAAUUUUGACCAAGCUAAGACUAUUUUUCUAAAGUCAAAUCUGCUUCAAAUUUAGCUGUCGGUAACCACAUGACAAGGUGUCAUCACAAGCUAUGCUUGAUGGCAAGCUUUGUGUACACCUAUUCCGUGUUUAGUCUACAGAUGCAGUGUUGCGUAAAAGUAAAGAUUUGCUUGCAGCCUCAAGGUUCCUUUUGGGUGGUACUGCAUCAAUGUAUGCAACAGCCCAUUUAAAGCCUCCUGUAUAAUUUCAUGGCAAUUGUCAGGUUUUGUAAAGUUCAAGACCAGUGCAUAGUCAUCUACACCUGUUUUUUCCUUGUUAAAUGAUUCUGUGAAGUGACUUAACAAGCUUUAUGUAAUUUUAAUGCAUUAGUGUUGAUUUGUUUUUUCCUUUUUGCUAUUUUGUUGUUUUUUAAGUGAAGAUAUUAUUUUAAGACAUUGUCAAGGGUUUUUUUCAGUAUGUCUCGUUUCAUUCAGGCAGUAUCUGGAGUGAGCCGAAACAUGGAUAAAUAAACAUUUAAACAAAA